AUGGAUAACACGACUGCACCUCUUCAUUCUAGUCAGUGUCCUUGCAAAUUCUCCAUUCAGGUAAGCACGCACGUCUUGCUUGUAAUGUGUAUUCAUAUUUUGUGCGGACUCUCUUUCUCCCUGUCUCUCUCCUUCUCUCUUUCUCUCUCUCUCUUUCUCUCUCUCUCUCUCUCUCUCUCUCUUGAGAAAGCGACAUAUAUGCUAAAUGUAUCUUAUCAUGAACACUUUUCUUUCCUAUCUCUCUGUUUAUCUCUCUCUGUCUCUAUCUAUCUAUCUAUCUAUCUAUCUAUCUAUCUAUCUAUCUAUCUAUCUAUCUCUAUAUAUUCUUUCUCUCUCUCUCUCUAUAUAUAUAUAUAUAUAUAUAUAUAUGUUGUGGCUGAGUGUCAGUUAAUGAGAGAGAAUGCGUCUGCUCUACAGGUAGAAUUUCUUUCUGAUCACUUGUCGUUCGUUUUAAAUUUUUCAUACUUUCGAACGUCUCCUUCAGAGACGGUCUCUUCGUCAUUUAAAGAAAUGUACAUGAAAGUUGCUACACGUGUUCUUUUAACUUGA